ACAGCAGUUGUUUCAGGGAAACUCAAAUCCUCAUUCUACUGCUUUGCAUCCUUCUGGAUUAUUUAAACCACUGUGCCUUAUUUUUAUUAUUAUUUGAAAAGACAUUUUUAAGGGGAAGUAAGAUGUCAAGGAAAUAUGCUCUAGGCUGCUGUUCUAUGAAGAUCAUAAGGGAAAAACUUUUUUUCAAGAAAGCUUGCUGCCAUCAUGCUGCUUCAGAUUCUGAGACACAAAAUGAGGAGUCAGAGAAGAGAGGAAAAGGAAAGAAAAGAAAGAAGAAAAAUGAAAAUAAAUGGGUGGUCGUAUCCAACUUACCCUUUGAAAGCUGCAAGUGGAAAGAGAACCCAAACAGAUAUUAUGACUGUAAUAAAAUCAAGACCACCAAAUACACUUUCCUAUCCUUCAUCCCAAAGAAUAUCUUUGAGCAGUUUCACCGCUUUGCCAAUUUAUAUUUUGUGGCCAUUGCAGCAUUGAACUUUGUGCCAGUGGUAAAUGCUUUUCAACCAGCAGUUUCUGUGAUCCCAAUUUGUGUUAUUAUGGCUAUUACAGCAGUUAAAGAUGUCUGGGAGGACUUUCGGAGAUACCAAUUGGACAAAGAGAUCAAUAAUAUGGUCUGCCUCGUUUACAGCAGGAAAGAAAGUGACUAUGUUGAGAAGUGCUGGAAAGAUGUGCAAGUGGGAGACUUUGUGCAACUGCAAUGUAACGAGAUCAUCCCAGCUGAUAUCCUGUUACUGUACUCCUCCGAUCAAAAUGGGAUCUGUCACUUGGAGACUGCAAACCUCGAUGGGGAGACCAAUCUUAAACAAAGACAAGUUGUGAAAGGGUUCUCUAAUCAGAAUACUCCAUUUGAUCCAGAACUUUUCCAAAAUACCAUAGUCUGUGAAAAGCCAAAUAAUGAUCUCAAUAAAUUCAACGGUUUUGUGGAGCAGCCUGAUCACAAACGGAUUGGUUUUGGCAGUGAAAGCCUUUUGCUUCGUGGCUGUACAAUCAGAAAUACUGAGAUUGCAAUAGGAAUUGUCAUUUAUGCAGGUCAUGAAACCAAGGCCAUGCUGAAUAACAGUGGGCCUCGUUACAAACGCAGCAAGAUAGAACGGCGCAUGAACAUUGAUAUUUUCUUUUGUGUUGGGCUUCUGUUCAUCAUGUGUCUUAUCGGAGCACUAGGUCAUGGCAUUUGGAAUGGGAAUUUUUCAGAACGCCCACCGUAUGAAGUCCCAGACGCGAAUGGCAACUACCUUUCCUCAGCUCUUGCUGGUUUCUACAUGUUCUUGACAAUGAUAAUCCUGUUACAGAUUUUAAUCCCCAUUUCUCUCUACGUGUCCAUCGAGUUCGUCAAGCUGGGCCAAGUUUUCUUAAUUCACAAUGACAUCGAACUGUAUGAUGAAGAUGUAGAUUUGCCCAUACAGUGUCGAGCCCUAAAUAUCACUGAAGAUCUGGGGCAAAUCCAAUACAUCUUUUCAGAUAAAACUGGGACGCUAACAGAGAACAAGAUGGUGUUUCGGCGCUGUACUGUCGAUGGAAAUGAGUUUUCACAUCAGGAAAAUGCCAAACGCCUGGAGACCCAUAAGGAACUGGACUCAGAUGAUGAAGACUGGGCAAGACAUCAGCAUUUCGCUCUUCCUGUUAUCAAGAUCGAGAAACCAGACACUUUAAAACAGAAAAACACUAAGCCCUUGAGGAGGUGCCAAAGUGCCCGGGCUCGUUUUCAGGGACAUUCAAGGAAGAAAUCAUUGGGGCGUUGUGACAGCCUUCAGUCUCAAGUGGCGUUCAGCAGUACCAUAGAAAAGGAUGUGACCCCUGAUAACAGGCUGUUGAUGAAAGUGAGAGAUGCUGCACUCCAGAUAGAGUCUUUGGCAUCAUUUCCAUCUGCAAAGGACACCUGCUCCACCACGUCUGUUACUGACUUUUUUCUUGCACUGGCUAUCUGUAAUACUGUUGUGGUCUCCACAGCAACGGAGCCAAGGCAAAGGGUUACAGCGCCACCACUGAUGAAACCAUCAGGGAUCUCCUUGGAGAGGAUUCACCAGCUGCUCCAACGGCUAAAAUUAGCAAACCUUGGUCAAUCUUUCUCAUUGACUCAGUCCAGUUCAGACCUAGGAGCAAAUGUUAAUGCAAAGAACAGUAAAGAGAAUCCAGCUGCCACAGACUCCUGUAACAAAGAUGACAUUUCCACCCACACUUGCUCCAACUCAACAGAUGGUGACUACGAUGGUGAUGAUAGAGCAGAUGCAAUGCCCAGCACAGAGAUGGGGGGCGCCUCCCUGGAUGAGGUGUUUGGGUCUGUUAGUCAAGGCCAUUUGCAGCCAGAAUUUUGUUACGAGGCUGAGAGCCCAGAUGAGGCAGCCCUUGUCCAUGCUGCCUGUGCUUACAGUUUCACUUUAAUGUCCAGGACCCCUGAGCAGGUAACUGUGAGGUUGCCACAAGGUACCCUCCUGACCUUUGACAUACUUUGCACCUUGGGUUUUGACUCAGUCAGGAAAAGGAUGUCUGUGGUGGUGAGGCACCCCUUUACCAAUGAGAUAAUUGUCUACACCAAGGGAGCUGACUCUGUCAUAAUGGAUUUACUGGAAGACCCUGCCAAAGCUGACAUUAAUAUGGGGAUGAAGCUGAGAAGAAUACAUGCUAAAACACAGAAACACCUGGACUGGUAUGCACGAUAUGGCCUGCGAACCCUGUGCAUAGCUAAGAAGGUUUUGAGUGAAGAUGACUUUCGGAAAUGGGCCAAUUUUCGUCGUGAGGCAGAGGCAGCGAUUGACAACAGAGAUGAGCUGCUAAUGGACACAGCACAGCAUCUGGAGACCAAACUCACCUUGCUAGGAGCAACAGGGAUUGAAGAUCGGCUGCAAGACGGAGUGCCCGAUACGAUUGCAGCUCUCCGAGAGGCUGGGAUACAAAUCUGGGUGCUGACUGGAGACAAGCAGGAAACAGCAGUUAAUAUUGCAUAUUCUUGUAAACUUCUGGACCAAAAAGACACUGUGUUUACCAUUAAUACUGAAAAUAAGGAAACCUGUGAAUCCCUCUUGGAUUUAACAUUGGAAGAAGUAAGGAAGAAUUCUAAUGUUGAAAGAACAAAAUGGAAAUUUUUUGGCAUUAGCCUGUCAUCAUCUUUACCAGCCUCUGUAGCCCCCAGUCCUGACAUUGGGCUGGUAGUUGAUGGGAAAACAUUGAACGUCAUUUUCCAAGGAAAGCUGGAAGAGAAGUUUCUGGAGCUGACCAAGUACUGUCGCUCAGUUUUGUGCUGCCGUGCCACUCCUUUGCAGAAGAGCAUGGUGGUCAAACUAGUGCGGAGACAAUUAAAAGUCAUGACACUGUCAAUAGGUGACGGUGCAAAUGAUGUGAGUAUGAUUCAAGCAGCUGAUGUUGGGAUUGGAAUUUCUGGCCAGGAAGGCAUGCAGGCUGUGAUGGCCAGUGACUUUGCAAUAUCUCGAUUUAAACAUCUCAAGAAGCUACUUCUGGUCCAUGGACAUUGGUGCUACUCUCGCUUGGCAAAGAUGGUGAUUUACUUCUUCUACAAAAAUGUGAGCUACGUCAGCCUGCUCUUCUGGUACCAGUUCUUCUGUGGCUUCUCAGGGACCACUAUGAUAGAUUACUGGCAGAUGAUCUUCUUCAAUCUCUUUUUCACCUCGAUGCCCCCCAUCCUUUUUGGAAUCCUGGAUAAAGAUGUAUCUGCAGAAACACUCCUAAGUUUGCCUGAACUAUACAAGAGUGGGCAAAAUUCAGAGACCUACAAGCUGUCAACUUUUAGUAUUGCCGUGUUGGAUGCCUUCUACCAGAGUCUCAUCUGCUUCUUUGUCCCUUAUUUGACGUACAAGGACUCUGACAUUGAUGUCUUCACAUUUGGAACCCCCAUCAAUACCAUCUCUCUCUUCACAAUUCUCUUGCACCAAGCUCUAGAAAUGAAAACUUGGACAUGCUUCCAUUGGAUCACAAUGAUUGGAAGUGUUCUGCUUUACUUCACCUUCUCAACUAUCUACAAUGCUGUCUGCGUUGUUUGUAAUGAACCCACAAGCCCCUACUGGCUUAUGGAGGAUCAGCUGUCAGAUCCUAGCUUUUAUUUAGUGUGCUUCAUUACACCAGUCAUAGCACUUUUACCAAGGUAUCUUAUGUUGGCCGUGCGAGGAACCUUCAGAGCAUCUCCGAUUCUGAAAGCUCAGCAGCUGGAUAAGCUCCCUAAAGAGCAACGAGAGCUGGAAAUCCAGAGGUGGAGGUCAGGAAAACAAGCCACCCCAAGCACACCUAUGGCAUCACCCAGCGAUGAGGUUGACCGAACCAACAGCAAUUUACAUGUGUCACAGUUUCUGGGCCAAGCAGCAGUUACACCCCAUGGAAAUAACGAUACCCAGGGACUCUCCACUCCUGAAAUGAAUCACCUAAGGGACUGGAUACUAAAUGGAGAAGGUAAUUCUUCCACCAGGAGGUGGGCAGGGGAAGAAACUACUGCUGCCAACUCCUUAGCAAGACCCUGCCCUGGGCGAGAUCUACUUGAGCCCACUAGGAUAGCAUCUCCUGGGCCAUUUGCUAGCCAUCUGACGAGUGAUAACGCUGAAGAACUUACCCCUGGAAGCCAUCGGAGGUCUGUGAGCGCAGUGACACUGUAAAAGAUUUGGGGGAAGGGUGUUUGAACUUGUCAUGUGACCACUUUUCUGGACAUAUUGUGCUGCUGCUGUGCGGCCCACGUGGAGAGGGAGUACAGAAGGGGGAGAUAAUGUUUCUAUUUAUAUUCAACUGUGAAGCUUUCUAGAUAGACAGACACAUGGAUUUACAAACCUGCUGGAACAGUGUAAUAUAAUCACUAGUACUUACAUAGCCCAUGUUCAUGUAUCUUUUUGGAGAGUGGGAGUCACUAGUUGGUUGGUUUUGAUUAACUAGGGCAAUAUGACAUGAGCAUCAAUUAGUCACUGUGAAAUGCACAAUAUGGAUGAAAACCAAAGAGGUUGCUCACCAGGGAACAUUUUCCCUUCACAAUAAUGGUGGUUGAAUACCUGUGUGUUGAUUAAAUGGUAACUACAGUGAGAGGGAACCGUCUUCUAGGCCUUGCCUUAAAGCGGCAAAUCCCAUUCCAGCUCCUUUCAAGCUUUGUUGCUUUUUCAAGGGGCACCAGCAACUUAAAAAUCACACUUCUAUCUGACAAUGUGUAAUCUCCUACGGUUACAAGUGAUACCUAAGGUGACUGUAACAGAAAGAAAUUAGAAAAAAUGGUAUAUUUUUCAGUUUGUAUGCUUUAUGCAUGUAACAAUACUGUGUAUAGUCAGUUUCACUGUUUCCCUUCUAUAGUCAGUUUCACCCUUUUUGUGUGGGUUGAUCUUCUACACAGCAGUAGAGGGCAGUGAAGAAAAGAUUUUAAUAAACAAAAAAAUGUUCAUAUAAAAUCACACACACAAAAACUUGCAGGAGAACUUCGGGGAAGGUGUAGGACUUGUACUUUUGAAAACUACCUAAUUUAAACCAAAAAGUGAAAUAGAAAUAUAUUAACCCUGGCUGAAUUUCAAUUCAAGUAAAUGUUCAACCUAACUAGAAUUCUCCUAGCUUUUCAAUUUGCCCUAUACUAUUAUGAAGUGUUGCUGUGUUCUGUCAAACACAUAUCAUGUUCUACCCCAGAGCUGGAUGCAUUCAAUAAUAGAUGUGGACAUCCCUACAUGUUUAUCAAUAUUGUUGGGAUCAUUUUGUGAUGAAAGUUGCUGAAGAGAUGGAAAAUAUUUUACAACGUAUACAGGCUGCUAAUCACAUUAUAGUUGCAAUAGCAAAUGGUGACUAAAAUGAAGUGUGUGUCUUCAAGACUUUUAAAAAAUACAUCUCUAGAUCUUUUUCAAUACCUCAAAGUAAUAAGAAAUAAGAAUAAUCAUAAAUGACUCCAACAUUACUAGCUGUUGCAAUGCAGUGAAUGAUGUCUCUAUUGUUUCUCAUAGAAAUACUGACUUAUUAGCACUAUGUCAGGUUGCAAGAUGUCACAGGAAAAUCUUCACAACGUGGGGCUUAAACUGAACCCAAUCAUGCACUAAACUUAUCUUGCCUGGCACUUGUGACUCAACCACUGACUCUAUUUUAGAAAUAUUUUUAGCCUAUAUAUAUAUGUAUUAUUUUAGCUAAUUUAUUAUGACAUAUCACAAUGUGUGAUCCCUUUUUAAUAACCCAUUUAGCAAACACUCAUUUGGCUUUGUGUAUUCUGAGGACUACUGUAAUUAAUAUCUUCAAGUUGUGGUUACUUUAAAACAAGUCAGGCAGGACUGAAUAUCAUACCUAGCACUUAGAUUUGUACUAAAACUGUAGUUCAUUUAUAACUGUAACCAAUACAGUAUUGUCUGCUCUGAUGGAAGUAGAAGGCCAUUUAGAAAGAGAUUUUUUGUGUGUGAUGUAUGAAUGAAGGGAAUUAGGUAUAGUUGAGAUUAUUGUUAAUGGGAUGUGAGAUUGCUCUGUGGCCUGCUUACUGGGUAAGAAUGAAUCCUUCGGUGCCUAUAUUUGAUAUCAAAUCUUUUCUACUGGUUUUAUGUGAUCUAGUCCAUUUUCUCUGAACUCGGGGAAAUGAGGUGCCAUUCACCAGUUUUUUCUCAUGUAUUUUAU